AUGUCUCCGGCCACCGUUUUCCCGCCCGCUGACCAGCAGCCCGGCCCCGUCGCCGCCGGCCUGCCCGAGUCUCGCGUCCUCAUUAUCGGCACCGGAGGCACCAUCUGCAUGCAGGAGGGCCCCGACGGCCUGCAGCCCAGUGGCAACUUUCUCGAGAGUGCCAUGGCGCCUCGUCCUACUUUCAACGACCAAUCCGGACCCCCUGUUACCAUACAAGCUAGCCUCAAGGGCAAGCUCAUGUCCAUAGACAGUCUGCGCACGCCGCCAACUGCCUACGGACGUCACAUUCGUUAUGGAAUUGUCGAGUUUGACCCUCUACUGGACUCGAGCUCCAUUUCUGCUAAUGAUUGGGAUGCUAUGGCCGAGUGCGUUUCUGAAAACUACAACCUCUUUGAUGGCUUCGUUAUUCUCCAUGGCACCGACUCUCUGUCUUACACAGCUUCUGCUCUUUCUUUCAUGAUGUCCAACCUGGGUAAGCCCGUCAUUCUUACUGGUUCUCAGGCGCCCAUCUUUGCUCUCCAGUCCGACGCUGUUGGCAACCUUCUUGGCUCCCUCAUCAUCGCCGGUACCUUUGUGAUUCCUGAAGUCUGCCUGUUCUUUCACAACCGUCUCUACCGCGGCAACCGCACAACAAAAGUCUCGGCUGCGUCUUUUCAGGCCUUUGACAGCCCCAACUUUGAACCGCUUGCCCAGGUGAACGGCCUUGGAGUAAGCGUCAACUGGAACCUCGCGGAACGAGCCAAAUCCAUUGCUCCAUUUUGCAUUUCCAAGCGACUUGAUACCACCCACGUUGCUUGUUUGCGCGUCUUUCCCGGCAUCAAGGCCGAAAUGGUGGAUGCUGUUCUGCACCUGCCCGACAUUCGUGGUCUCAUUCUCGAGACUUUCGGUAUGGGCAACGUGCCCGGUGGUGCUGACGGUCGUCUGACUCAAGUCAUCAAAUCCGCUGUCGAACGCGGUGUUAUUGUCGUCAACGUCAGUCAGUGCGUCAAUGGCUUCGUAUCUCCGGUGUACGCCCCUGGUACCCAGCUUGGCCGAGCUGGUGUCAUUUUCGGCCUGGAUUUGACUGCUGAAGCUGCUCUUACCAAACUGUCCUACCUCUUGUCUCUAGGAGUCACAAACCAAGCAAUCACAGAGCUUUUCCCCAAGUCUCUUCGCGGAGAGGUCACCGAGAUUGCCCACCCUACUUUCAGUCACCCUACUGCGCCGCUACAGAACCCUGCUUCCCGCCUCACAGAUGUCGAAUCUGCUUUUACUGUUCUGGGAUACGCCAUCCAAAAUGGCCAGAUUGCCGUCGUCAAGGAUCUUCUCAAGGGCGAAGGAAUUCAGCUCCUCAAGACGGCCGAUUAUGCUGGCAACACAGCUGUCCAUCUUGCUGCCGUCUCUGGCGACGCUACUAUCAUGCUCGAGCUGCUUCAGCAGGGCGCCAGUGUUCACGAGCGCAACCGCGCCGCCAACUCGCCGCUGUUCCUCGCCACGCUCUCCGGUAAGGAUGAGUGCGCGCAGCUUCUGAGAGCUGCAGGCGCCCACCUUUCACCUGAAGAGGUAGAGAGACAACCUCUCGCCACGGCUCCCCGCAAAGAGUAG